CCCGGGAGCUUGCGCCGGAGCCCGAGUCAGCUCGCUGCGGAGGCAAGCGAGCGCCCGGCGCUCUCUGGCGCGCGGAGGAGAUGGCUGGCACCUGGGAACGCUAUGGGUGAAAGCCCAGCCUCUGUGGUUGUUAAUGCCUCAGCAGGAUUAUUUCCACUAAAGAUGGAAACACUGGAGUCUGAAUUGACCUGUCCAAUCUGUCUAGAGUUGUUUGAAGACCCCCUUCUUCUCCCUUGUGCUCACAGUCUCUGCUUCAACUGUGCCCACCGCAUCUUGGUCUCGAGCUGCAGCUCUGGUGAAUCCAUUGAACCCAUUACUGCUUUCCAGUGUCCUACCUGCAGGUAUGUUAUCUCACUGAACCACCGAGGCCUGGAUGGCCUCAAGAGGAAUGUGACACUCCAGAACAUUAUUGAUCGCUUCCAGAAGGCUUCCGUCAGUGGGCCCAAUUCACCAAGUGAGAGCCGUCGGGAGAGGACUUACAGGCCCAGCACCGCCAUGUCUAGUGAGAGAAUUGCUUGCCAGUUCUGUGAGCAGGACCCACCAAGGGAUGCAGUGAAAACAUGCAUCACCUGUGAGGUCUCCUACUGUGACCGUUGUCUGCGGGCCACGCACCCUAACAAGAAACCUUUUACCAGCCACCGCCUGGUGGAACCAGUGCCAGACACACAUCUUCGAGGAAUCACCUGCCUGGACCAUGAGAAUGAGAAAGUGAAUAUGUACUGUGUAUCUGAUGAUCAGUUGAUCUGUGCCUUAUGCAAACUGGUGGGUCGUCACCGAGACCAUCAGGUUGCAUCCUUGAAUGAUCGAUUUGAGAAACUCAAGCAAACUCUGGAGAUGAACCUCACCAACCUGGUUAAGCGCAACAGCGAACUAGAAAAUCAAAUGGCCAAACUAAUACAGAUCUGCCAGCAGGUUGAGGUGAAUACUGCUAUGCAUGAGGCAAAGCUUAUGGAAGAAUGCGACGAGUUGAUAGAGAUCAUCCAACAGAGGAAGCAAAUGAUUGCUGUCAAAAUCAAAGAGACAAAGGUUAUGAAACUGAGAAAGUUGGCACAGCAGGUUGCUAAUUGCCGCCAGUGUCUUGAACGGUCAACAGUCCUCAUCAACCAAGCUGAGCAUAUCCUGAAAGAAAAUGAUCAGGCACGAUUUCUACAGUCUGCAAAAAAUAUCGCUGAGAGGGUUGCUAUGGCAACUGCAUCUUCUCAAGUUCUGAUUCCAGACAUCAAUUUUAAUGAUGCCUUUGAAAACUUUGCUUUAGAUUUUUCCAGAGAAAAGAAACUGCUGGAGGGGCUAGACUAUUUAACAGCCCCAAACCCACCAUCUAUCCGAGAGGAACUCUGUACUGCCUCCCAUGACACCAUUACAGUCCACUGGAUCUCGGAUGAUGAGUUCAGCAUCAGCUCCUAUGAGCUUCAGUACACCAUAUUCACUGGCCAGGCUAACUUCAUCAGUAAGUCAUGGUGUAGUUGGGGCCUGUGGCCAGAGAUAAGGAAAUGUAAGGAAGCAGUAAGCUGCUCAAGAUUGGCCGGGGCGCCACGAGGCCUGUAUAAUUCAGUGGAUAGCUGGAUGAUUGUGCCCAACAUUAAACAGAAUCAUUACACAGUGCAUGGACUCCAGAGCGGGACACGCUAUAUCUUCAUUGUUAAAGCCAUAAACCAAGCAGGCAGCCGGAACAGUGAACCUACCCGACUGAAAACAAACAGCCAACCCUUUAAACUAGAUCCCAAAAUGACUCACAAGAAGUUGAAGAUCUCCAAUGAUGGCCUGCAGAUGGAGAAGGAUGAGAGCUCGCUGAAGAAAAGCCAUACCCCAGAGAGGUUUAGUGGCACAGGGUGCUAUGGGGCAGCAGGAAAUAUAUUCAUUGACAGUGGCUGCCACUACUGGGAAGUUGUCAUGGGUUCCUCAACAUGGUAUGCAAUUGGUAUUGCUUACAAAUCAGCUCCAAAGAAUGAAUGGAUUGGCAAGAAUGCCUCCUCGUGGGUCUUCUCUCGCUGUAAUAGUAACUUCGUGGUGAGACAUAACAACAAGGAAAUGCUGGUGGAUGUGCCCCCACAGUUGAAGCGCCUGGGUGUGCUCCUGGAUUAUGACAACAACAUGCUGUCUUUCUAUGAUCCAGCUAACUCUCUUCAUCUUCAUACUUUUGAUGUGACCUUCAUUCUUCCUGUUUGUCCAACAUUCACAAUCUGGAACAAAUCCCUCAUGAUACUGUCUGGCUUGCCUGCCCCAGAUUUCAUUGAUUACCCUGAGCGGCAGGAAUGCAACUGCAGGCCUCAAGAAUCUCCCUAUGUUUCUGGGGUGAAAGCUUGCCAUUAAGUUUCAAGAGAGCAUAUAAUUUACUGGCUCUCCAAUUCAGCAAUUCUUCCUCUCAUAAACCUCAGUUAGUGCUCAAUAUAUGAAAUACAAAAUAAAGUUCAUUUGAAGCAUCCAAAAUAACUAGAUAUUGUAGAUUUAAUUUUGUGCAUUAAAGCUUAUAUUUGAAUUAAUAUAUUGAGUUUCUCAGAACGAAUAAUCUGAGUAGUCUGGGUUCAAACCAUGGAAGAAGAAAUUUAGAGAAUGUCUUUGUUGUCACUGGAAAAUUAAAAAUUCCCAGUGAUUUCAGAGUAUAAAUGGUAUUGGGAGGAAUUAGAGUAAUUCUAGGUAAAUAAUCAGAAAGAUGCUCUGAACGAGGGGCUAGUCAGCCAGAAGUAAGGAGAAUGGGAGGCCUUCUUAGCACUGGCCUCUUUGGCCAAAUAAAAUGUUGAACCGUGUCAAACUAUCACAUAUUGUAUGUUGCUUUUGAUGAAAACCUACAUCCAAGGAUUUGUUAUAAGGAAACCAUGAAUGUGUAUAUAUAACCUAUAAAAUUUACAUAAACUUUUAAAGUUACUCAUUUGAGUAAGAAAUCAACUGGAAGGGAAAAUAAAUUGCAACAUCCAAUUUUGUCCCUUAAAGGAAACAUUAAAAUCAACCAACCUUUCUUCCCCUCCUUCCUUCCAGUUCUUCCUCCCUCAUGCCACGCAUGUAUACAUGAGCAAUCAUGACAUAGUGAGAUAGUGAGAAGAGCUCUAGGUGGGAUUAGGAGAGAUUUGGGGACAGUAUUGCACAAGAGAUACUACUGCUGGAUAGAAAAUUGAUAUAGACAAAAGGGGCUUAUGUAGCACAAUUUCUUUGAUACUUUUUAAUGGAGGAAGUCCAUCUAAAUUGUUUAAAAAAAACCUGACAAAAUAUUUCAAAGAAAUACUAUUUUAUUACUCUCAAAUACAUUCAGUUGCCAGAAUUGGACUAAAAAGUUGCAUAGUGGAGUUUCUUUAGGAUCCUGCUUUACUUAAUCUGUAAGAAUGGAGUGUUAAGAUGCAACAGCUAUUUGCAUAUAAAUAUACUUGUCUUUUCAGAUAAGCACUUUGGAAAUGCUUAGAAUGCCUGAGAACAUUUUUUUUCCUUCAGUAGGUUAAAUAAUCAUUCCUUUUACACUCUUGUUUGCAUUAUUCAUUUGUUUAGCCAACCAUUCAUGGCAAAUACAGACAUAAACUUCAUCCCAGUCUUCGUCAGUGUAGUUAAAGGCAAUCAAGCUAAGUGGUCUGUAAUUAUGUCAGCUCAGUUGCGGGGAUUGGCCAUGUCAAGAACCAGAGCUUUCCCAGAGCUAAGUCUGCUUCAAGGAGUCUACUCCUUGGGAGUUGUGAAAAUAUUACUGUUGUAUGAUUCCAAAGUGGUGUCUGUAAGAACUCCCAAGGUUGGAGUCUUGCUUGAAACAGUGUCAGAACGUCUCUCCUUCUUCCUUUCCAUCAGCUUGGUGGGUGCUCAUUUAUUAAUUUGUUCAAUAAACAAUCAGAAGCUAUCACUACUGCCAUGGGAGUACGCAUAUUCAUAAAACACAUUCCCUACUCUCAAAUGGCUUAUUAUUCUGUAGAAGACAUUAUAUAAGUCUCUCUCCCAAUAACAGUUGUAUAUUGUUUGUUCACUUAACAUGGAAGGCGAGACUGACUGAGAUAUAAAAAGAAGGCACAAACUUACCUAUCCAAGUAGCAAAGUCAGCAUUUUUUAUUUUAAAGAUUGUAUGUCCUUACUGCUAAUCAGGAAACGAGUAACCUCAGUAAGAUUCAGCAGUGCUGGUAAAUAGCUUGCUAUAAUGGAAAGCUCAUAACUUUGGAUUAAAACGAUCCUAGUUUCUCUGCCAUUUACUAGUCACAUGACCUAGGGCAAGUACUUCACCUCUCUGAGCCUGUUUCUUGUCUGUAAAGUAGUACUUCCUUCACAAGGCUGUUUCAGAGAUUUUAAGAUCACAUGUUUAAACUGCCUCGCACAGUGUCUGGCAUUUACUAGUGUGCCAUUAAUAUUAAUCUCCUCCCCGUAUUUAGCCCCCAUACGAUGUAGUGGCGCUUUAAAAAUAUCCUUCGUUUUAACGUUUCUUUCAUUCCCCAGUUACCCUGGUCUCUCCACUUAGAGCAUAUCCCCAAAUUCUUAAACAUUCCUCCUUUCAGGAAGCUUUUCACUCUUAGCAUUCAGUUGAAGGCCCCAAUUCCAUAGAAUUUGGCUUUUCACAUCCUCAUUGACUUCCCCAGCUUCAUCUUUUGCCACUUUCCCCCUCAGCCUGGUUACUGAGUUUAACUAUUUACACAAGUUGUUCUCUGGGCCAGGGGCAGAGACACUAUUAACCAUUUUAAUGCUCAGAUAAAUCAAUGGGCAUUUUUUCCUAAAUUCAGGGAAUAGGGUGAAAAUGCUAUAAGUAUGAAAUACUCUGCCUCUGCCCCAGGGCAGUUCCCUUUGCCUUGUCUUUGGCUCUCCAAAGUCAUUCAUUUAUUUUUGGUUUUGUGUCAUUUAGAUUUUAGUACCCGGAGACAAAGCUUGAAUUUGCCCAUCUUACUUUUGACCCUAGGCUGAGCUACAUUUCCCUACCCCUGCCUCGCUCAACCAGACCAACUCUUGAUCUGUUAGACUGGGUUAUGUGUCCCUCUUCAAAGCUCCUAUGGCACUCUGAGCAUUCCUUUCUCAGCAAUAAUCACAUUGUAUAGUAGCUUGUUUCAAAGUGUGUUCUCAGACUACCUAUGUUAGAAUCACUUGUGUUGUUUGUUAAAGCAAUCGAUUCCUGGACCCCACUCCUGAUCUACUUAAUUAGAAUAUCUAGGAGCAUUGGUGGAAAUUUACAUGUUUUGACAAGUUCCUCAAGUGAUUCCAAUGCACACAAAAAUUUAAUGAAUACUAAUCAUCUUCUGUACUAGACUGAAUUCCUUGAGGACAAGGACUGUUUCUUUUAUUGCAGUUGAAGUAUUUUUAAUACCCAGCACAGUGUCUGGAUCAGAGUAGUUGCCUGGCUGAUGUUUAUUGAAUGAAUGUAUAGCUGAAUGAAAAACCAAGAUUCCCCUCUUGUACUCUGAUGUCCACAGUGCUGUUUGUUAUUUCCUGAGCAGAAAAGCUUGGUUACUUCUCCAUUUGGGCUGUAUUGUCAUUAUUUUGCAGAUGUACUAGAUGUACUGGGGCUUAUAUAUGUAAUUGAGCAUUGUCCUCCUCAAAAAUUCAUUGGCAGCUUUUGCCUUUACAGUAUGUGGCAUCUUUUCAACAUUUCAAACUUUGUUCUUUGAAGUUAAAUGUAAGUUUUGCGUAUAGCCAGCAAUCACUCAGAGCCAGGUCUACUGAAAGAAGUGAGUAAUUAAAUUGGGUUUGGGGUAAGCAAUGAAGUUUGACUCUCAAGUCCCAACUUUUGAGCCACAUAAUGACGAAUGAUUUCCAAGAUGUAACAUGGUGGUAAAGUACUCAGUGGGGAGGUGAUAAGUCCCAGAUAAUUAUUUCCAUAAACUUAAGACUUCCGUGGAAUACUGGCAGUGUCAGAGACCUUAGGAGAAGUCAUUGGUUACCUCUAGCUAAGCCCAGUUGGACAAAGGGAACAGGACUGAUAUUUAAAAUCUUCAAGGAAGGCGACUCCAUAAGACUUUGUUGGUUUUGUUUUGUGUUUUGUGUAUUUUUUCUUUACUCAGUUUAUUCUCCACAACUCUUUCCAUUAGAAACGUGUUUUCUGUCUGCAAUUUAUGCUUGUUUCUACUUUUUAUAUUGUCUUAUUGAAGAAAGCACAAAAUAGUCAAAAAUAAAGUUACACUUGUUUUGAGAAUAUGAAAGAAAUUUUAAUGCCAUAUUGAAAUAAGUAAGUAUUUGUAAGUAAGAAUGACUGCAUCUGGAUGUGUUUUUAUCAUGUAACUCCAUUGUAUAUCUUUGGGUGCAGUGAGAUUCAGAUGGCAGCAAAAUCACCUAUGUAUGCUUUUUAGCUAUAACACACUAGGUGAAUUUUUAAGCUUCCAUGGUUUACAUAUUUAUAUAUGACUACUUGGAUGGAUCAAUCCCUGGAUGGACUUUUGAAUCAGCUCAAAUAUUUGAUACCCUUUCUUCCAAGGAAUAGAGAAUGUAAGGCAGGUAAAUAAGAAGCACUCCCAUACUUAUUUCUAGCUCAAAGCCAAUUGCAGCCUUGGAGCCACUGAACUGUAUUUGGCUGUGUCUUACAGGUCAGAUGGACUAAUUGCCAUUGGGUCAGACAAAAUUGCCUCUUAAUGGUGGGGUCUGCCAACUUCAGACAUAUGCUAUGUUGUUGUUAUUGAUUAGAAUAUUUAUUAGAUUAUUGUUGGACUAUUUUUUAUCAAAUGCUUUACCCCAGGCCUGUUUGUACUGGGAGCUCUGGACCAGUAGUGUCUCUCCUAGUGAUGGAAAUUUGAACAUCUGCAGAUUACACAGCCUCAUCCCUCUCUAAAUUACCCCAGCCCAUCCAAAUGCUA